AAUUCAGUUGCGAUCUGAUCGUCAGCAAGAGUAGACUGUUUCAUUGCUUGAUACUUGUGUUUAAAGUGAAUUAAGUUCCAAUUUAAAAGAAAGACAAUGGAAAAGCUACCAAUGUAUGGACUCAGUAAAAAUUGGUUGAAGGCUCUAGAGAGCAAUUUCAGUGACAAAAGCUUAAAAGAUGCUGCACCGAUAUUUAAUUCAUAUUUGCAGAAACAGCAUCUUAGCUACGACAAUUUCUGUGCCAUUUUGAAGGCGCUGCUGCAUAUUGAUGACGUAUCCACUAUGCAGUCCUAUGCUGAACUAACUCAGUUUAAUGUCAAUGUUGGUGAAAACAAGUUGCAGAAAUUCUUCAUAAAAUUCAGUGCGACAACAGUGAAUAGUGCAAGUCGACUGUCUUCCUGUUAUGAUGAAGUCGUUCUGGUGUCCAGAAAAGGGUUAGAAGAGUCGCCACUACCGAGGCCGCUUAUACUUGCACUUUCAAUGAGUGGCAAACAUGUUUCGCAGAUUACAAAGGUGACACCUAGGCGCUUUUACUUUCAAUCCGGCAUUGAUUUGUUGGACGAGCCAUUUGAUGUCAUAUUUCGCUCACCACGCAUCCCUCAGCGUCUUAUGUACCAUGCACUGGAAAUUCUUGAGAACAGGCCUGAUAUUCAUCGCUAUAUAUUUGCAAUCCCGGACUCAAACUCCAAAAAGUACUCCGCUCCAGCUCCCAAAAGUUUACCUACACUUACUCUGUUCAAUGCUUCCAUUCGCAACAAUGCCGAGCAGUUACAAGCUGUGCAGCAGAUCGUUGCAGGUCAAAAUCCCCAAGCACCGUAUGUUGUCUUUGGACCACCAGGCACCGGCAAGACCACAACCAUUGUGGAGGCGAUUCUACAACUAUAUUUGAAAGGAAACAAUCGCAUCCUUGUUACUGCUGGAUCCAAUUCGGCAUGUGACACGAUUGCUGAAAGAUUAUGCGAAUAUGUUUCAAAAGUGGCGCAUGUCAGAGAGAGGGAGAACGUUAUGCUGCGGUUGCUGUCGUACACGCGGCUUAGAAAGGCCAAAAAGACAAUGCCUCCAAAGCUAUUGGCUUGCUCGAACUAUCGUUCGAGACGCCACGAAGGCCUGAGACGCAUUGACCUAAGUCAGUAUGGCAUCGUUGUGGCUACACUGUGCACCGUUGGCGUAUUGAAUGUUGUCAAUAACCCAAAAUUUACGCACAUUUUCAUUGAUGAGGCUGCUGCCUCUAUCGAACCGGAGACGCUGAUGGGCAUUGUGGGAAAUAAAAUACACCCAUGUCAUGUUAUACUCUCUGGCGAUCAUAAGCAGUUGGGGCCGGUUAUCAUGUGUAAUCGAGCUGCCUCUCUUGGCUUGGAUCAAUCCCUUAUGGAUCGCCUGAUGGCCACCAAAUUGUAUCAGGUUAAUGCCAGUGGAGACUAUGAUAAGACAUUGCAGACACGUUUGCGUCGCAACUACCGAUCCCAUCCGGAGAUCGUGGGCAUCUACAACAAGCUCUUCUACAAUGGCGAAUUAAUACCGUUGGCACCCCCCGCUGAGGUCAAUCGGGCAGCCAAUUGGAGUGUUCUGCCCAGCCAAGGAUUUCCAAUCAUAUUUCAAGCUGCACACGGAGCAACUGAGCGCGAAGAGCACUCCACAAGUAGCUUCAAUAAGAGGGAGGCCGACGUCCUCUGCUGGUACGUAACGAGCCUAUUGAGAGAUGGACUUGGCAACGGUAUUGAGGUGAAGCAGGAGGACAUUGGUGUUGUGUCUCCAUAUCUGGCUCAAUGCAAACUGUUGAAAAAGAUGCUUCGUCAACGAAAACAAACCAAUGUAAAGAUUGGAAGCGUUGAGAGAUUCCAGGGCGAUGAAAAGUCUAUCAUAAUUGUAUCGAUGGUCAGUUCCUAUGCGAGCACACAAUUCCUUUCGAAUCCUCGACGUGUCAAUGUGCUGCUCUCGCGUGCCAAGUCGUUGAUGAUACUGAUCGGGAAUCCAAUCACACUAAGCGAUGACAAGAACUUCAAGUUUAUCAUCGAUCAGUGUAAGAUGAAGGGUAAUCUAUUGUUCCUUGAAAAUUUAUUAAAAGACGACUUCAGCAAGCGCCAGGAACAAGAAGCAAAUGAUAGCGACACUUCCUCGUGCUCGUCUGAUCUGGAUUAUCGCAUGAAUCAUCUGUCUGUGUAAUGCUGAGUUCAUUUUAUUUUAUUUUUUAUAUUGUUAUCCGAAUUUGAUGUCAGAACACUUGCUUAAAUAAAGAACACCUAUUGUUCAAAAUA